AUGACAACAAUCAUAGCAUUUUUUUUAUUCAGUACACUUCUUCAAUCACUUUUUGCAUCAGUGCCUUCUCCCUGUGUCUUCCCAUUUAUUUACCAUGGAAAAGUCUACAAUUCUUGCACUAAAGAUGCAAGCCAGAACCGCACAUGGUGUGCCACAACUGCAAACUAUGAUCAAUCUCAACAAUGGAAGAAUUGUGCGACUAAAGAAUAUGGUGGUAAUUCUGGUGGAAAACAAUGUGCAUUCCCCUUUACGUACAAGAAACAAACAUAUUAUACUUGCACAAAUGAAGAUGCAGAAAUAGGGACAUUCGGGUGUGCAACAACUGGGAGUUAUGAUAAGGACAAACAAUGGAGCUACUGUGCUGAUACCAGACUAUCUGCAUAUUCACAGGGACCUUGUGUGUUUCCUUUUAUCUACAAGGGGAAAUCCUACUCAGCUUGCACAAAAGCUGGGACUUCUGAUGGAAAGCUCUGGUGCUCUUUGAGCAGCAACUAUGAUAGAGAACCAAAAUGGACUUACUGUGUAACCUCAGAAUUACGUCCUUGCAGGUUUCCUUUCCAAUUCAACAAAAAAACCUACUUUCAUUGUACAAGAGAUGGUGCAUCUGAUAACCAAUUGUGGUGUGCCACAACUGCAAACUAUGACAAGAACAGUAAAUGGAGGGCAUGUGCCAGUGAAGAAUAUGAAGGCAACUCUAAAGGCAAGAGCUGUGUUUUUCCAUUCAUCUACAAUGGGAAAACAUUCACUUCUUGCACCAAUCAAAAUUCAGAGGAUGGAAGAUUUUGGUGUUCUGUCACAAGGAACUAUGACAAAGACCGGCAAUGGAGUUACUGUGCUGAUACAAGAAAAUACCAGGCUAAAGAACGUUAUUAUCAUUUACAGCUAACGAUCCCAACCAAAAUGGAAUCAAAAAUGCUGACCUUUAAAAUAAAAUCAUUGGAUUUUCUCUUUGGACAUUCCAUGAAGUGUCCAUGA